UCUUAAGUGUUCACUGACUGCAGUGAUGAUGGCAGCCUCUGCAGAUGUCCACGUACGAAUAUGUGAGCAAGAAAUCAUCAAGUAUGACUUAGAAAUAAAAGCUUUCAUCCAGGAUGUCAGUGAAUGCACCGGACCACAAAGCAAACUGACAGAUUUAAAUUAUAAAGUGAAAGAAAAAUUUAACAAUCUCAGACAACGGAUCCAGGAUCUGGAGCAAAUGGGAAAAGAACAAGACAAAGAGUCUGACAAGCUGGCCCUUCUCAAUAAAGUAGAAAGACAUCAGAAACAGAUGCUUAGUAAUCAAACAGCAUGGAGAAAGGCAAAUCUUGCCUGUACAUUGUCCAUCGAUAAACUGGAGAAAGAAGAUUUAUUAAAUUCAGAGAACAUGUCUGUAAGACACAGAAAAAUGACAAAAGAGAGCCUGGCUCAGACCUCCAGUGACAUAACCGAGAGUUUGAUGAGCAUCAGUCGGAUGAUGUCACAACAAGUUCAGCAGAGUGAAGAGACCAUGAGCUCACUUGCAACUUCAUCAAGGACAGUGCAGGAAACUCACGAAGAGUUUAAAGCUAUGUCAGGAACCAUACAGCUGGGCCGAAAACUCAUCAUUAAGUACAAUCGGCGGGAACUUACAGAUAAGCUGCUUAUUUUCCUGGCUCUCGCUCUCUUCUUGGCUACAGUAUUGUACAUUCUGAAGAAAAGACUAUUCCCUUUCUUUUGAGAAAAGACCAAAAUAUGCAUAAAAUGUUGUAUAUGACAGUACAGGUUUAAUGUCCACAUCGUUUCAAAAUUAAGAGAAUUGCACCUUGAUAUAUAUGUAUAGUUUACACAAAGUGAAUAUUCUGUCAUCAUUACUCACCCUCAUGUUGUUUUAACAACUUACAAGUUUAUUUACCAGCGUCUUGUGUUAUACUUAAUGGGUGAGCUAUGCUUUUUAAGCUUUUUCUUUUUUGUUAAAUUUUGCUUUAUUCUUUAUGAUUUAAAGGACUGAGAGACUAUAAAGUCACCACAAAGUAGAAAAUCUAGUUUUUACUAGUAAAUCUGUAACUAACUUGUAGUUGGAUGUCAUAUGUGUCAUUCUUUAAUUUAUGUACCAUAACGCGUUAUUACUGUAAAUAAAUAUUUAAUAUAUUUAUUUACAUUGACGUUGUAUUUAUCACAGUUAUAAUAUAAUUAUCAAAUACAAAUACAAAAUUUUUGCAGAAUUUGGCAUGCCUGAAUUGCGUAAUCUACCCACAUAAUUUGGAGUAAAUGGUCUUUUACAAAAAACUUUGUGCUCCAUAACUAAUAUUAUUUAAAAAAUGUAUGAUGCCGUUUUAUAUAUGCCAGGGGGUCCGCAUAGUUUAAGGGGUUAAGGUCUUUAUUAAAAGCAGUUAAAAAUGUUGAAUAUUUAAUAACAUAUCUGAGUUUUAAAAUAUUCCUUAGCCUAAACCAAUUGUAAAACAGCCAACUAAUGUUACUGUAUAACUUUGUUUUUAAAAAGUUUUUAAUUCCUAAAGAAGCUGAAAGAUUGAGUGUCCAUGAUGCAUGUUUUUUCUGCAUCAACACAUUGGCAGUAGAUUUUGUUUUGUUAAAUGUGUAUUUAAUGCCUAAAAGUAAAAUAGUUUUAUGUUCAGAAUGCCCUUU